GUUUAAGGAAAGACGAGUGAGAGCGAAUGUUGUGAUUGAUUGCGAGUCGAAUCCCGCCAGAAGAUAAAUUUGUCAUCAUGUGAAUUUCUCUCUGCAGCGGAUUCUGAUCAAAAUAUACCCUCUGGCGAUGGAAAGUUUGACCAGCGAGCUUUUCUCCGUCGAAACAGCUAAAGUGACGCCUGUUUGCCGAAGCCGAUCGCUGGGCUUGCGCCGGCGGCUGAAUGCAGCCUUGUCGUCAGCACAAACGCCUAUCGACGCCGGGCAAAAGGUGCAAUUGGCGCCGAUCGAGAACAAGGCCGAUUCGGACGAUGAGAUGAGAGAAAACAACAACUGCUCAGCAAAUUCGUCCCUGCUGAUGUCCAGCGUCGACUGGGACAUAUUGGAUGCGGAAGCAACCAAAAAACAAGAAGACAACGCUUUUUCGUCUCUGGACGAUGAGGACUACCUCGCAGUGUCUGCUUCAAUGCUCACCCCUGGCAACCAUAGCAUUCAACCCCUUGACACAGAGAAGCUAAGCACCCUCGAAAAAUGUGUCUUGUUACCUUCGUCAGGAGCGAAUUUACAGUUUGACUCACCAGAGUCAGGGUCUGAGGAUGUCGAAUGCAAAGUAGCUGCUGUUAAACCCAAAAAACUAUUUGAUGAAGGCCCUGCUGAAGAGGUUGCCGAGCGGCCAAAAUCUCCAAUCAUCACAUAUAAACGGCGCCUGCCCCACAUGCGCAGUAACUUCUUGCAGAAAAGACUGAAAGCCUCCUCGACUCCACUGUCUAAAGUUCCUCCGCCUUCCAUGUGCAGCACCCCAAAGGCCUCGACGCCACCCAAGAAGCCCCUUAUUGAGACAGACAGUGAACACGAAGACGACAGUUUGCUUUUCGAGCUGUGCGAUGAAAUCGAAAAAUCGGUGCAGAAUAGUCGGAACAGUUGCGUAAGUGAAAAUAAGGUUGAUCUUGGUGCCAGUGUUCAGAGCCUUGGUGGAUUUACCACGGCCAGAGGUACAAAAAUAGCUAUAUCGGAAGAAUCGGCCAAGGCGGCUGAGGCCAUGCUUGCUUCUUUUUUGGCUGAACCACUGCCAUGUGAGUGAUGCGGACGCCAAAUUGGAAUUUUACCCAUUAGAAAUGUGGAAUUUAUGUUAAUUGCUCAGUUCAAAUAGAUUUAUUGAUUUUAUUUCAUUAAUAAAUGUUGGAUGAUACAAUAUUUUGCAAAGAA